AUGUCGUGCCGUUCCUACAGAAUCAGCUCAGGAUGUGGAGUCUCCAGAACCUUCAGCUCCUGCUCAGCGGUGGCCCCCAAAACCGGCAACCGCUGCUGCAUCACUGCUGCGCCCUACCGAGGCGUGUCCUGCUACCGGGGGAUCACUGGCUUCGGCAGCCGCAGCCUUUCUAACCUGGGCUCCUGCGGGCCCCGCAUGGCUAUCGGCGGCUUCCGUGCCGGCUCCUGCGGCCGCAGCUUCGGGUACCGCUCCGGCGGCGUGUGCGGCCCCAGCCCGCCCUGCAUCACCACCGUGUCGGUCAACGAGAGCCUGCUCACGCCGCUCAACCUGGAGAUCGACCCCAACGCCCAGGGCGUCAAACAUCAGGAGAAGGAGCAGAUCAAGAACCUCAACAGCAAGUUUGCCGCCUUCAUCGACAAGGUGCGCUUCCUGGAGCAGCAGAACAAGCUGCUGGAGACCAAGUGGCAGUUCUACCAGAACCGCCAGUGCUGCGAGAGCAACCUGGAGCCGCUGUUCAACGGCUACAUCGAGACGCUGAGGCGGGAGGCCGAGUGCGUGGAGGCCGACAGCGGGCGGCUGGCCGCCGAGCUCAACCACGUGCAGGAGGUGCUGGAGGGCUACAAGAAGAAGUACGAAGAGGAGGUGGCGCUGAGGGCCACGGCAGAGAACGAGUUCGUGGUUCUAAAGAAGGAUGUGGACUGCGCCUACCUGCGGAAGUCCGACCUGGAAGCCAACGUGGAGGCCCUGGUGGAGGAGUCUAGCUUCCUGAAGCGACUGUAUGAUGAGGAGAUCCGCGUGCUCCACGCCCACAUCUCAGACACCUCGGUCAUCGUCAAGAUGGACAACAGCCGCGACCUGAACAUGGACUGCGUCGUGGCCGAGAUCAAGGCCCAGUACGACGACGUCGCCAGCCGCAGCCGGGCCGAGGCCGAGAGCUGGUACCGCAGCAAGUGCGAGGAGAUGAAGGCCACGGUGAUCCGGCACGGGGAGACCCUGCGCCGCACCAAGGAGGAGAUCAACGAGCUCAACCGCAUGAUCCAGAGGCUGACGGCAGAGAUUGAGAACGCCAAGUGCCAGCGGGCCAAGCUGGAGGCCGCCGUGGCCGAGGCCGAGCAGCAGGGCGAGGCGGCCCUCACUGACGCCCGCUGCAAGCUGGCCGGGCUGGAGGAGGCCCUGCAGAAGGCCAAGCAGGACAUGGCCUGCCUGCUCAAGGAGUACCAGGAGGUGAUGAACUCCAAGCUGGGCCUGGACAUCGAGAUCGCCACCUACAGGCGCCUGCUGGAGGGCGAGGAGAGCAGGUUGUGCGAAGGCGUUGGUUCCGUGAAUGUCUGUGUCAGCAGCUCCCGAGGUGGUGUCAGCUGCGGAGGCCUCACGUACAGCAGCACCCCAGGGCGCCAGAUUGCCUCUGGCCCCAUGGCCACUGGGGGCAGCAUCACAGUGAUGGCCCCCGACUCCUGUAACCCCUGCCAGACCCGCUCCGCCAACUUCAGCUGCGGGAGCAGCCGGUCAGUCCGCUUUGCCUAG